AUGGCUAGCCCUAGAGUUCUCUCGUUCGAUGCUGAGGGCCACCCGGUUAAGUUUGAGUCCUGGCUAGAUGAUCUGCACCUGUUCCUCCAACUCACUGCCAGAGAGGAUAUCUCGCUGUACGAUCACGCACUAGGCACAGUCCCUGCUCCUGCUGCUACUGACACCGCUACUGCUCACUCGCAGUGGCAGACUCGCGAUGCUCACGCCCGCUUUGCUAUUCGCAACUCCCUGCCAGUCGAUGAGCGCGAGCACUUUGGUCAGCAUCAGACUGCACAGGCCCUGUACACUGCGGUAGUUGCGCGCUACUCCUCCCCGGCCUUAGCUGCACUAGGCCGUCUCUCGCUUCCCUACCUGUUCCCGGACCUGUCCGCCUUCCACACAGUCGCUGACCUCAUCACUCACCUCCGUACUAGUGAUGCCCGCUUCCGUGCAGCCAUGCCCGCUGAGUUUCUUGCCUCCAACCCUCCCCCGCUCUGGCUCACUCUCUACCACCUAGUCACCCGCCUCCCUGACAGUCUGCGUACAGGGUGUUCCCCCUCCCCCCUGCUCCCCUCUGUCGCCUCUGCUGCUGCUGUCGACCUUCUUGGUACUGAGCAGGUCGGCUCUGCGUCCGCUCCCAGCGGGCGCCGCAGCGGCAAGGGCAGGAGAGGCAAGGGCGGUGGGGGUGACGGCGGGGGAGGCGGUGGUGGGGGUGGUGGCAGCGGUGGAGGCGGUGGCGGGGCUGGAGGGGCUAGUGGCAGCGGUGGGGGUGGUGGAGGCAGCGGCGGCGGCAGUGGCCGGGGUGGGGGCGGUGGUGGUGGCGGCAGUGGACGUGGCGGCGGCAGGGGCGGUGGUGGUCGUGGCGACGGAGGCAGUGGUGGUCGUGGAGGCUCUGGCACUGGCCAGAGUACGCAGCACCCUCAGUCCUCCCAGGAGCUUCGUGAGUGGUACUUCCAGCACGGGGGUGGGGGGGUUAGCCUUAGCUGCACUUACGUCAUCCGCACUGGUCGUCGUGCGGGACAGACGUGCGGGAGGGCGCACACUGCGCAGCGCUGCUUCUCACGCCUAGAUGAUGCUUGGCGUACUCAGUUUCCUGACGCUCCUGAGCUCCCUCAGUGGGCUGAUCUCCUCAAGAAGGAUAUCGAUAUUUAUGCUCUUGAUUUUGAUGUUAUUCUCAAAGCCAUGUAUGCAUUGACUAUUAGUGGAGAGGAGGACCAGUACCUGUGUGUUCUGCCUGACCCAGGCAUCCGCACGAGUGAGGCUGCCGCACUAGGUGCUUGCGUGUCUGCUGCCCCAGGUGCUGGUGAGGCUACUGCUCUAGGUGCUUGUGCGUCCGUCACCCCAGGUACUACUGAGUCCACUGAGGCACUGCACACCUUCACUCUAGACUCAGGCGCUUCGCGCUGUUUCUUUCGUGACCGCACUGCUCUUGAGCCCCUUGCUCGACCAGUCGCUGUCUCGCUCGCUGACCCCUCUGGGGGUCCGGAUGGGGGUGUUCACCAGUUCACCCCUGCCUACGAGCGCGUGACACACUGCACGUGUGCUCGGACGGGCCGUCACCUGGCUACCUUCACUCGGCAGCCGGGGUCGGACCUGUACACACUGACCACUGAGUCCCCUCAGGUAGCUGCGUCUGCGUCUGCGUCAGGUCAGCUGUCUGCCCCCUGCUCGUGUCGCUCUCUAGCGCACAAGACUGUCCUCUGGCACCACCGACUUGGUCACCCGUCAGUGCAGCGCCUUCGGGGCAUGCACGCCCGGUACCUUGUCUCUGGUCUUCCUCUGGUACUCCCUCCCCUCCCACCCUCCCUUGCUCCUCCUUGUCUUCCCUGUGUCGAGGGGCGGCAGCGCGCUGCCCCUCACUCCUCCUCGUUCCCCCCGACGACUGCUCCUUUGCAGACGCUCCACAUGGACGUGUGGGGCCCAGCCCGCGUCCGUGGUCAGGGCCAGGAGAGGUACUUCUUGAUCGUCGUUGACGACUACUCGCGCUACACCACGGUCUUCCCCUUGCGCACCAAGGGUGAAGUCCCUGAUGUCCUGAUCCCUUGGAUCAGCCGAGCACGUCUUCAGCUGCGAGAGCGUUUUCGCUCGGAGUUUCCUGUCCUGCGCUUGCACUCUGACAGAGGUGGCGAGUUCUCCUCCGACCUCUUCGCAGCCUACUGUCCUGAGCACGGCAUUCGCCAGUCGUUCACGCUUCCGGCCUCUCCACAGCAGAAUGGGGUUGCUGAGCGCCGCAUUGGCUUGGUCAUGGAGGUCGCUCGUACCUCCUUAGUCCACGCGGCUGCCCCCCACUUUCUAUGGCCGUUUGCGGUCCGGUACGCUGCGCAUCAGCUCAACCUCUGGCCCCGUGUCUCCUUGCCGGAGACUUCGCCCAAACUGCUGUGGACGGGGGAGGUUGGCGAUGCGUCGCGCUUCCGUGUCUGGGGAUCCCGAGCUUUUGUUCGCGACACGUCUGCGGACAAGCUCUCCUCCCGCACUGCUCCUUGUGUCUUUCUUGGCUUUGUCCCGGAUGCGUCUGGCUGGCAGUUUUACCACCCCGCCUCGCACCGCGUCUUCCCCUCUCAGUACGUCACUUUUGACGAGUCCGUGCCCUUCUACCGCCUCUUCCCCUACCGCACUGCCCCGCUCCCUCCCCCGCCUCUCUUCCUCGCGCCAGGUGCUGCAGUGGUAGACCCCCUUCCCCCUCAGGGUGCCGCUCCCUCAGGUGUCUCUCAGGUAGACCCGGUUGAGCCUGCCGAGGUAGCUGUCGACUCGCGUCCUGCUAGAGGUGCUGAGCCUGAGCGUGCGGAGCCUGAGAGGGCGGAGCCUGGGGAUGCUGAGUCUGGGGGUGUUGAGACUGCGGGUGCUGAGCCUGGGGGUGCUGAGCCUGGGGGUGCUGACCUGGUGGUGUUACAGUUGACUGUGAGGCGCCUGGAGGACCUCCCUCUUCGCAGCAGCUCCGUGAGUGGUACUCACGGUACUGCAGCCUCCGGCGGGGUGCGUCUCGGGCUCGUGGGACUACUGGAGGUGGUACCCGUGUUUCCCCGCCACGGCGGGAAGCCGCCCUCUUCCCCACAGCUUCGGGAGUGGUACGCUCGACACAUCAGUCUCCGGAGUGGAGCUGCUGGUGCUGGGGUCCCCGGAGUUGACGCUGCUGCGGGUGCUGCUGACCCUGGUGCUAGAGGUGCUACUAGUACUGAGGACCCGGGCGUUGGAGCUGCUGCGGGUGCUGCGGACCCUGGUCCUGGAGGUGCUGCUGCUGCUGGAGGUGCUGCUGGUGCUGCUGGAGGUGCUGCUGCUGCUGCUAGAGUGGAGGACCCGGAGGGUGGAGCUUCUGCUGGUGCUGAGGACCCUGCCGUUGGUGUCUCUGCUGGUUCGGGAGUUGCUGCUCGGCCACGGCCGUACUUCGUUCCGCUCCUUCAGCAGGUUCUUGGUCAGCCUCCUCCUCCUUGUCCUCCUCUCGCCUUAGAGUGUCCGCCGUCAGUCCACCUCCGUCACGUCCUGUGUCACCUGCGUCUCGUCGAGCGUCGCCUGUUCGUGCUGCAGCCACUGGUAGUCGUGUCCCGCGUCAGCGUCCUCCUGCUGUCCCAGGCACUCACCAGAUGGCGCUUCGUCAGUCCACUGCUCCGCAGCGUGUCGCUCUCCCGUCGCCCUCCUGAGUCCUCUCUUCCUGCGCUUGCUGACCCAGAGUCAGACACCCUUCGCGCUGCCAGUCCUACUGUCACACGUCUUCUGGCUACGGUUGUCUCUGACCCUUCCUUUGAGUCCGCUGCUGCGUCUACCUUAGUCACUGAGCUUGUCGCCUUUGCAGCUGCGUGUCGUCUAGACUACGCUGCGAGUCUUGUUGCUGAGUUUGAGCUGUCUGUCCUCCGUCCGUCGGGGGGUGAGUGUGCUCUUGGCACGGACGUUCUUGAGGACAGGCAGGAGGAGUUUGGUUGCCUUGCCGCUGCUUUGCCCCAUCUCGUGUCCAUGCUUGUUGCCCCCGAGGGAGACCCGGAUGCACCAGACAUCCCGACCCCACGCUCUUACGCAGAGGCGAUGGCCGGUCCCUACUCCUCUCAGUGGCAGUCAGCCAUGGACACAGAGAUGGCUUCCUCGAAGUCCACAGGCACCUACGUCGACGAGGUUCCCCCACCUGGGGCGAACAUCGUCAGUGGCAUGUGGAUUUUCAGGGUGAAGCGGCCGCCAGGUUCUUCGCCUGUCUUCAAGGCGCGUUACGUUGCGCGAGGCUUCAGUCAGCGAGAGGCAGUUGACUUCUUCCAGACCUUCUCCCCCGACCCCGAAGAUGACCACUCUUCAGGUUCUGCUACACGUCGCCGCUCAGCGUGA